AUGACUGAGUGCAACUGGAGAGCCAGAAGCAGCACGAACUUCACUGUCAGGAAACUGGAAGCUGAAAAGCAGGAGGGCUCCCCACUGCAGCUUCAGUCUGAGACUGAAGAUCUGGAAGCUCCCUGGGAAGCUGCUACUGUGCAAGGAACCAUCUUCCCAGCCCCCAACUUCAACCCUGUGAUGGAUGCCCAGAUGCUGGCGGGAGCGCUCCAAGGAUUUGACUGUGACAAAGACGUGCUGAUCGACAUUCUAACGCAGCGCAGCAAUGCACAGAGACAGAUGAUUGCAGAGGCAUACCAGGGCACGUACGGCCGGAACCUGAUCGGGGAUUUGAAGGAGCAACUUUCAUCUCACUUCAAAGAGGUUAUGGUGGGGCUCAUGUACCCGCCCCCUUCUUACGAUGCCCAUGAGCUCUGGCACGCCAUGAAGGGAGCAGGGACUGAUGAGAACUGCCUCAUUGAUAUACUGGCUUCAAGAACAAAUGGAGAAAUACUACAGAUGCGAGAAGCCUACUAUUUGCAAUACAGCACUAACCUUCAGGAGGACAUUUACUCAGACACCUCAGGACACUUCAGAGAUACUCUCAUGAACUUGGUCCAGGGAAGCAGGCAGGAAGGAUACGGUGACCCUGCAAUGGCUGCGCAGGAUGCAAUGGUCUUGUGGGAAGCCUGCCAGCAGAAGACGGGCGAGCACAAGACCAUGCUGCAGAUGAUCCUGUGCAACAAGAGCGCCCAGCAGCUCUGGCUGGUGUAUGUGAGCUCAGAGUUGCCUAGUUGGGACUUUGGCUUCCACAAUAAAACAGUAAUCAGGAUUCUGAUUGCCAGAAGUGAACUCGAUCUGCUGACCAUAAGGAAGCGGUACAAAGAGAGAUACGGCAAGUCCUUAUUCCACGAUAUCAAAAAUUUUGCUUCAGGGCAUUAUAAGAAAGCACUGCUUGCCCUCUGUGCUGGUGACAUGGAAGACUACUAA